GCGAAGAAAAGCUCAGGUACACUCGUGAAAGUGGCAGAACAUGAGGAAUUUGGUGUUUUUAUUGGUUGUCCUGGUCUAUGGCACAGGCCUGUGCCUCUGUCAGAUAAAGCGCGAGCCAGGAUGCGAAAUUGAACGUAUUCGCACCUGCGGGAUGGACUUCGUCCCCUACUACACCAACUCCCAUUUACCGGAAACACGGGAAGAGUACGCCGAGAAAUGCAAGUUGUACAUCCACCAAGUGAAUUGCGCUGAAAAUUACACGCUACAUUGCAUCGACGGUAUCCCCCGCGCGGUGGCGCUACUGGGGCUGAGGGCAGCGUUGGCAGACCACGAAGAAAGUUGCAACCAUACUUCGCCCAAAUACAAAGUGUAUAUCGAAAACGUAUCGUGCUUCAACAAGGCUGGCUCUCGGUUGCAUCAUUGCAUCAACCAUGCAUUCGCUUCUCUUCAGACAGCCAUUGACAAAGCACCAGAGAGGGAGAAAGUGAACUAUGCCUGUUGCCACUACUUCGACCUACAAGACUGCUUUACGGACGCCCUGAAGCACAAGUGCGACAGGCCUGACGUACUGGACUUUUUCACGGAGAUCAUGGACCACGUGUUUGGCGACCUGUUAGUGUUAGCUUGUGGCCCGUAUCAACGCGGAUCUCAGGAGUGCAAGUCGAUUCCUCCACUGCCGAUAAGUGACGUACAUGGCCUUGUCAACAUCGUCGAGCCGCUGGCGGCCCUCGUCCAGUCGUUUGGUUGAUCGUGGUUCCGUGUGGGUCGCAUCCGCCGGGAUUUGAACAAAGCCGCGGCAUCUUUCCGUGUAAUAUAGAAGGACUUGGUGUGCGGAAACGGUGACAUCCGAAGUUCCGUUUUUAGCGCCGUAUUGUGGACGUGACGAGUUAAUAAAUGUUCGGUUUCGUUUUUA